UAGUUUCGCCCACGCCACCUCGGGGGUAUAAAAGUUGCAAUGUGGGGGUUGCGAGUCAGUUAUUCAGUUGCAUUUAGCUAGAAGAGACGUUUUAUUUUAACUUAAAGAAAAUGUUCGAUAGGAAGUUAGUUUUAGCUCUUGUUUUCGUCAUUUUUGCCACUUUAGCGGUUCAAAGUGAAGGCAGGUAUUUACCAACGAGGUCCAAUGGGGACAGGAUUGAAAAACUCCGGGAGUUGCUCAAAGAUUUGUUCGAAAAUGAGGUCGAGAAGGAGGAGUACCAAGCCGAUGCGCCCCCACGGUGGCACCCCGAAAGCAAGCUCUUCUACAAACGGGAAGCCCCCGCACAUUAGAUGACCCCCAAGACGACACGGCAACGGACACGGACCACGAUUUUUUAAACAUUCUAUGUCAUAGGUAGAGUUUUAAAUUUUUAUUUUAUUACCGACAAAAAACGAUUUAUUUUUGUAAAUAAGUGGCCCCUCAUGAGACAAUAAGCCACGACCCUUGAUAAGCAAUUAAAAUGUGUAGAUUUAGGGAAUUCUGUCAAUUAUUUUGACAAUAUUAUCAUUUUAAAUUGAGAAACCGUCCCGAGGAACGGUUGUCGGUAAUAAAAACUCUUUUGCUGAAGCAAUAUUUUGACGAAACUUUUAAUAAGUGUGUCAUUUGUAAUAUCCUAAGGUGUCUUAAAGUGUUACAUGAAAUAUGUGCAUGGGAAUAAAAAUAUAUGAACAUCCA